CCUCUCCAGCCACGCCCCUCCUCUUCCUGCAGGUAAAGCUCUCCGCACCAUAGUCUCCUUGGGUGCCCCGUAGGCAUCAAAGUCGACAUGUUCAGCUGGCUGAAGAAGGGCGGGGCUCGGGGCCAGCCACCUGAGGCCAUCCGCACUGUGACCUCGUCGCUCAAGGAGUUGUACCGCACAAAGCUUUUGCCCCUGGAGGAACACUACCGCUUCGGGGCUUUCCACUCACCAGCCCUCGAAGAUGCCGACUUCGACGGCAAACCCAUGGUGCUGGUGGCUGGCCAGUACAGCACCGGCAAAACCAGCUUCAUCCAGUACCUUCUGGAGCAGGAGGUCCCCGGCUCCCGUGUGGGUCCAGAGCCCACGACCGACUGCUUCGUGGCUGUCAUGCACGGCGAGACAGAGGGCACCGUGCCGGGCAAUGCUCUCGUUGUGGACCCGGAGAAGCCCUUCCGCAAACUCAAUCCUUUUGGAAAUACUUUCCUCAACAGGUUUAUGUGUGCCCAACUCCCCAACCAGGUCCUGGAGAGCAUCAGCAUCAUCGACACACCGGGCAUCCUGUCAGGUGCCAAACAGAGAGUGAGCCGCGGCUACGACUUCCCAGCUGUCUUGCGCUGGUUUGCCGAGCGCGUGGACCUCAUCAUCCUGCUCUUCGACGCCCACAAGCUGGAGAUUUCCGAUGAGUUCUCAGAGGCCAUCGGUGCCUUGCGUGGCCACGAGGACAAGAUCCGCGUGGUGCUCAACAAGGCGGACAUGGUGGAGACGCAGCAGCUGAUGCGUGUCUACGGGGCGCUCAUGUGGGCGCUGGGCAAGGUGGUGGGCACGCCCGAGGUCCUGCGCGUCUACAUCGGCUCCUUCUGGUCCCAGCCGCUCCUUGUGCCGGACAACAGGCGUCUCUUCGAGCUGGAGGAACAGGACCUCUUCCGUGAUAUCCAAGGUCUACCGCGCCACGCGGCUUUGCGCAAGCUCAACGACCUGGUGAAGAGGGCGCGGCUAGUGCGGGUGCACGCUUACAUCAUCAGCUACCUGAAGAAAGAGAUGCCCUCGGUGUUCGGGAAGGAGAACAAAAAGAAGCAGCUGAUCCUCAAGCUGCCCGUCAUCUUCGCGAAGAUCCAGCUAGAGCACCACAUCUCCCCUGGGGACUUCCCGGACUGCCAGAAGAUGCAGGAGCUGUUGAUGGCACAUGACUUCACCAAGUUCCACUCGCUGAAGCCGAAGCUGCUGGAGGCUCUGGAUGAGAUGCUGACACACGACAUUGCCAAGCUUAUGCCGCUGCUUCGGCAGGAGGAGCUGGAGAGUGUUGAGGCUGGCGUGCAGGGCGGUGCAUUUGAGGGCACCCACAUGGGCCCCUUCGUGGAGCGGGGCCCCGACGAAGCACUGGAGGAUGGCGAGGAGGGCUCAGAAGACGAUGGCGAGUGGGUGGUGACCAAGGACAAGUCCAAAUACGACGAAAUCUUCUACAACUUGGCGCCUGCCGACGGCAAGCUGAGCGGUUCCAAGGCCAAAACCUGGAUGGUGGGCACCAAGCUUCCCAACUCCGUGCUGGGGCGGAUCUGGAAGCUGAGCGACGUCGACCGAGAUGGCAUGCUGGAUGAUGAGGAGUUCGCCCUGGCCAGCCACCUCAUCGAGGCCAAGCUCGAGGGUCACGGGCUGCCCACCAACCUGCCCCGCCGCCUGGUGCCGCCUUCCAAGCGACGCCAGAAGGGCUCUGCUGAGUGAGACAGCAGGGAUUGCUGGUCCUCCCUCCCACUUUGCCCUGCUGUGGCUCCCCAGCUCCAGCUGGCUACACGGCUACGGCUACACGCAGAUCCCUGCUCUGGCCCACUCACCCUGCCUGCCCACCUUGCCUGGCUGUAAGGACUUGAGGGGGGCUACUCCCCCCUACACCAGACAUUCAGUCAAAGCACUUAUAGAGGACCAGGGGGAGUGACAAACCUUCUCUGUCCCGUCCUUCAUAUUUCCACUCUCACAUACACAUGGGCUUAUCAUACAGAAAAACACACAGGCAUCCAUCCAUCAUUCAUAUACAGCCUUUUUUUCCUUUCAUUUUUUAUUUUUAUUUUUUGAAACAGUGUCUCAGAUAGCCCAAGAUACCCUUGAACUUCCUAUGUAGCUGAGGAUGGCCUGGAUAUUUCAUCUCCCUGGUUUAUGCAGUGCUGGGGUGUGAACCCAGGGCCUCCUGCAUGCUAGGCAUACUGAGCUAUGUCCACAGCCCCAUCCGGUUAUUUAUUGAGCACUUGCUGCAUGCUGGGCCCUGGUGGAACUGACUCUCAGGAGUGUGGCAUCUACACAGUCACACAAACACUGAUACCAGCAAGACCCCUUGUCCCUUUUUAUAGGUAAGCAGCUACUUUCACCCAGCCAUCCUAGGGCUCCCUACUCCACUGGGGGCUCCGAGGGGGACAUCUGACUCCUCCUUCCUCAUAUGGACCCUUCUUUCUUUCACUUUCCUCCCCACAAAUCCUGAAUUCUGACCACACCCUUUUCACAAAGAUUCUGCAGCAGAUAGAAAAACCCCAACUUCCUGGCUCGAGGAUGGUUCCCAUUCUUUGCCCAGUGCUCCUAGUACCCCCAGCAUGUGCACGGGAUUGGGGGGCCAUAGUAGCCGCCUCUUUCCACCUUCAGGUCAUAUUUAAUAAAGUCCCCACCAAAGACAGAGGCCCCGGGGGGGUGACGGGCGCUUUACUGAAGCCCGGGUUUUCAUGGAUUUUCUGGGGGAUUGGGAAUUCUUGGUGCUAUAUAGCCUUUCCUCCUCCCUAAAGGGACCCCCACGCCUUGUGUCUUCACCACCCCUGGUGAUG